AGCGAAGCGAAGCGAGCGGACACAAGGCACACUUUUUUCUGUGGUGAAUCUGAAAUUCUGCGAGCUGAGGUUUCCUGUCCUUACUUGUGGAUACGGAAUUCGGGAAAGCGAUGGCUGCCGUCCGUGGGCGGCUGUUGGUCGCCUUUCUGCUAUCGCUAGCUUGUGCAACCGCUCUGGGGUCGACAAGACAUCGACGUGCUGUACCAGACCAUUGCAGCCUACCUCCCACCCGUGGACCAUGUCGAGGAUCGUAUCGGAGAUUCUACUAUGACGUGUCGUCGCGAAGGUGCAUGCCCUUCAACUAUGGUGGCUGCAAGGGAAAUGCGAACCAGUAUUCUUCGGAACGGUCCUGCGCUUGGGCAUGCGAGAGGUUCAUUGAUCCUGAUGUAGUUCGUCCGCCAUUGCAAGGUCUAGCUACAUCACGGACAUUCUGUGCAUCAAGAUGUCUGUCGGGAUGCAGCUGUGCAGGGACAACUAUCGAGAACUGCACCGCACAGUUUUCCAGCAUUCCAGAGAACAUUCCGGCUUGUGUCACAAAACUGGACUUGAGUGGAGUUGGGUUGCGGCAUAUUGCUGGUGCAAAGCUUGCACGCUUGACCAACCUGGAAGUCCUGGAUCUGAGUAAUAACCAACUUCGUACACUGCCUCUCACUACGUUUCUUGGACUGCGCAAUCUUAACUCAUUAUCUCUGGCACGGAAUCGACUCUUGCAGCUACCAGCUAGGGUGUUCCAGCCCAUGACAUCACUGCAAGACCUAGACAUUUCCUUCAAUCGGCUUAUCUACAUUGCCUGUGAUAGUUUUUCCGGUCUGCAACAUUUGGAGAUGCUGAACCUGAGGAACAAUGAACUAAGAUGGCUGCUGCCACACACUUUCCGUGGUCUGGAUUACGAUCUAGUCACUGUGGAUGCCAGCAACAACCAGCUGCAGUCAUUUGAUUCAACACCUCUUCAUGACAACGUCGGAUUCACAUUGAAACUGGAUGAGAACCCUCUGCAGUGCAACUGUGAUCUUGCACCGACCGUCUCCUUCUUCCGCGAACAUCCCGAUCAGCUUCUUGCAGCUGGCAACACUAUUUGCCAUGUACCAGCGCCUCACGAUGGCGAACAAAUCCUGCAAGUUGACCCAGUUACUCUCUGCAUCUCUAGACCUGCCAUAUGUAACCUGGCCGCUGAAGCAGGUCCCUGCCGUGGCUCUAUCCCGCGAUACCACUAUGAUCCUGUGAGCCAGUCGUGCAAAGAGUUUUCUUAUGGUGGCUGUAGGGGAAAUGGAAACAACUUUCCACACAAGGAGACCUGCGAACUCCUUUGUAAUGUGGAGGAUCCAUGUGGUGAUGAGCCCUGCCUGAACGAUGGCCAGUGUCAGAGGAGAGCGGGUGCUGCCGGAGGCUAUGUGUGCAUCUGUCCUUCAGGGUACACUGGACCACUCUGCCAGACCCCAAUCAACCCAUGCGACUCUGGGCCAUGCAUGAAUGGUGCAACCUGUGUAAACACUGAUAGCAGCAGCUAUCAGUGUAGAUGUGCGCCAGGCUAUACCGGAGAUCAGUGUCAAUCCGAAAUCAAUCCCUGCUCGUCUGAGCCAUGCCACAAUGGUGGCACUUGUAACGUCCUCUCAUCCACUGCUUUCACUUGCACCUGCCCAGUUGGCUAUACUGGACCGCUGUGCGCCGACCCUGAUAUCUGCUCUACUAUGCCGUGCAAGAAUGGCGGUGUUUGCCAGAGCUCUGAUGGUGUUGACUACACAUGCAUAUGUCUACCGGGCAGUGGCUACACGGGAAAGGACUGCGAUGAACUCAUAGACCUUUGUGACCCUAACCCAUGUCUGAACGGAGCAACCUGUGUUAGCAUGAUGGGACUGACCUACCAAUGCAUGUGUGCUGCUCCGUACACGGGCCAACUGUGCGAAACAGUCGUUGACUACUGUCGCUCUGCGCCUUGUCAGAAUGGUGGCACCUGUACGAACAAACCUUUCGUUGCUGGACAUGAAUGCACUUGCCCUGACUUCAUCGGAGGCAUCAACUGCGAGAAUGAUUAUGCCGUCUUCGUCGAAGCUGUGACAGAUCGGUCGGCCAGGCUGCGACUUCAUCGACCUUUCCCAGGCCCUGAGCCCUGGACGGCAGUGUUGACAUCAGGUGGACUCCCAGUGCAGACAUUUACUGUCGAUUCCGACCAGGAAACUGCAGGCAUAUCCGGCCUGGAACCAAACACCGUUUAUGAAGUUUCGGUGACGGGCACGGAUUCCAAUGUGGAGAUACCUCUUCUACGACAGGACUUUCUGACACGGCCAUUUGUUGAUCCACCAACAGAAAUAUUCGCGGAAAGCAGCGUUCUAGAUGCCGAGUGGAAGGUCGACCCAGCCAACCGAAGCGUCACAUUUAUGCUCGCUACUCCGACGUUCGACUGGGUGGGCCUGGGAAUCUCGAAUGAUCAGUUCAUGCCCUUCAGUGACAUCAUUAUGGCGUAUCGUAAUCAGAACGGCAUUCCACAAAUUGAAGAUGCAUAUGCGCGGGGGCGCAUCCGUCCAGAUCCCGAUCCAGACAGCCAGGUGACGAAUUUCCGAUUCUCUUCGUUCCGAGGUGUUCAGCGUUAUUCCUUCACACUGCCAUGCUUCUCCGAGGAUGAACUGGAUGUCAGACUGGCCGAGGUGAACUAUUUCAUGUUUGCACGCGGUGUCCAGUCCAACGAUCGCAUCAGUUAUCACCGAGGCAACCGAGUUCGAACUGCCGAGCCUAGGAACAUCACGUGCACAAAUGUGGACCCAUGCCAGUUUAUCCCCUGCCAUAAUGGUGGCACUUGCGUGAAUCGAGGAGCUAAUCAGCCAUGUCUGUGUGCGGAUGGAUGGGGCGAUGUCUUCUGCGACUGGGCAAUUAGUGCAGACAUCAUCAAUGUGCAGUCAACGUCCGCAGUCUUCUUCCUUAACCAAGAAUUCUUGCCGGGUUUAAACGACAUGUGGACACUAAAUCUCACAUCCAGCGGAUCUCUGGUUUCCUCCGUGCAAGUCCCUCGCAAUAUGGUCUCGUACCGCUGGACAAACCUGAUGCCCAACACCGUCUAUGAAGCCGUUGCGGAAAGCAACUUCUACGAGCGGCCGCAGCGCCAAGUGUUCUUGACUGAACCAUUCGCAGGCGAUGCAAACGGACGAAUUGAUGAUCCUAUGCUAAGUGCUGAGUGGAAGGUCAAUGAAGUUGGACGCAUGGUAUUCGCACUCUCUACCACCACCACGGGCAACUGGCUUGGCCUCGGAAUUUCUGACGACAGACUCAUGGCCAACUCGGAUAUUAUCACGGCUUUCGUGGACGGUAGUGGCAGAGUUCAGGGGCAGGACAGGUAUGCAACGCAAAGAGUUCGACCGACCGUGGAUGCCGACAGUCAAAUCGCCGAUCUGCGCGCCUCGCAACACAACGGCCGCACCACCAUUACGUUCAGCCUGCCGUGCGAGAGUGAAGAUUCCAAUGACAUCCCGGUGAGAGGCAGCCACUACUUCCUGUUUGCCACCGGCCCGGUUACAUCGGGCGGCAGUGACAUUGGCUACCAUCAACAGCGACUUGUGACCAACAACAAAAUCGAAGUGGAUUGUACACCGAUCAACCACUGCGAUUCCAAUCCAUGUCUGAAUGGGGGCUCGUGCACGAGCGGAUCUCAUGGGUACUCCUGCGACUGCCCACCUGGACACGAAGGCCAGGUGUGCGAGACUGUUUACUCAUUCAACGUUGUCGACAUCACGGACGUAUCAGCAGGUGUGCGCCUCACACUUCCCUUCCCAGGCCCCGCGAGUGAUAUGUGGAGAGUAUCUGUUGCCACCCCGAGCGGGCAGGUGGUUGCAUCUGCUAACGUACCCGUCUCUGAAAACAGUUUCCAAGCGGAUGGUCUCGAGCUGAACACUGCAUACAUAGUCAAUGUGAUGAGUCCAGCUGGCAAUGCACUACCCACUGAAUCAUUUUCCACUCGAGCACUACCCGGAGCGCCAACUGGCCAAUCUGACAAUCGUAUUGUAAAUGCCCAAUGGCAUGCUGAAAAUAAUAUCGUGUACUUUGGAUUCACGCUACCCAGUACACGUGAUUACAUUGGCUUUGGCAUCUCCAAUGAUCGUCUCAUGGCAAACAGUGACAUCAUCACAAUGCACGUAGACCGUAAUGGAAAUGCUCGUGUCCAGGACAGGUGGGCUUCUGGCCAUGCUGUUCCUCAACUUGAUGCAAGCAACCAAAUCAGGAAUGGCCGUGUAUCACAAGUCAACGGUAUAACGACGUUCUCCUUCUUCGUCCCAUGCACAAGUAGCGAUUCGCGUGACAUUUCCUUGCAAGGAGAGCACUACUUCCACUUCGUGCGUGGUCCCGUGGACAGGAACACUCCGAUGUACCACAGUGCUCCAGCGUUCACCACUAGGGACAAAGUCAAAAUUGACUGCACGGAAAGUCCAACUCCACCCGGUCCAGACACUACACCAGAUCCAGUGCUUCCCUAUCUUUCCUUGCUUGAUCUGCCCGUCAAUGAUGUUACCAUGGCUGCCACUUCAUUUGAUGUUGUGUACGAGGUGUAUGACAAGGCAAGCGAUUCAUACAGGAUGCUUCAACGGACAGGAAAUGUGAUGCGAGGCGACUUCCCACACACCGCUGAGUUGGAUGUGGGCUCACAAUAUCGCUAUCGUGUGGACGCCAUAAUGCCAACAGGUUCUCAGACUGUGUUGUCAGGCGUCAUAGACCUCAGUGCCGCUACAGACACUGUGCCAUUCAGUCCGGAUGUUUCACCAAAUGGCAUCACAACGCUCCCGGGCAGCACUGCAGCCAUGUCCAUUGUACAGGUUGCGCUGCCGUCACUUCCAGAGUCUCUGGCCGACACGUACCAGAACUGGGACGUGCAGUGGCGCACGCAGGGUUCAGGUCCUUGGGCAAGAACCGUCGUCGGUGCCAAUUCGUCAUUCACCACACUGCAUCCGGAGCUCCCAAAAGGAAAUGACACCUACGAGCUUCGCAUUCGUGCCAGCGGCAGUGGUGGCGAGUCCCAUUUUGGAAUGACUCACUUGUUUUCCGCACACCGGAACCCUCCACCACCUCUGACAUUUGUACCGGGAAGUAUCACGCACGACACUGCCACCAUCCAACUUCCGGCAUUCUCCGAACUGGGAACAUACCACCUGGAGACAAGCUAUCUGGACCAAGAGAUUGGCAUCUACACGCCCUGGCAACGUACGCACGCAAUUCCGUCAAGCAUCGGAGUAAGCCCGAGCGUCAUGCUUACUGAUCUGAUGCCAGGCACUGUAUACAAAGCACGCUAUAGUUUUGUUGGAGCUGGCUAUUCAACGGAGCUCAGUGAUAUACUCGGUUUCAGGACACUAGAAGAAGGAGCAACUCCUGCGCCUCCCACAACACAGCCACCGAUAGACGUUUCCGAAGGGUCAUUUGCAACAAACUUUGGCAGUGCACAUUGGCGUGUUCUGCCAUCAGGACGUGUCAUGUUCACGCUCCGUCAGUCGACUAGGGACUUUGACCCUCUUGCCAAUUAUAUAGCUGUUGGCUUUUCCACCGACCGUUAUAUGGGCAACAGCGAUAUCAUCACUGCGUAUGCUGAAGCAAAUGCAGACUCGUCUGGUUCCAGUCCUGUUAUACAAGACCGGUGGGCAACAGAGCGACUUCGACCGGAUGUGGACAUCAACGACCAAGUAGCUGAUAGAAGCUUCACCUCAGCUGACGGCAUGAACGUGUUUGAGUUCACACUGCCGUGCCUGAGCGACGACAGUCGUGAUAUACCUGUUAACGGCGAGCACUUUCUCUUCCUUGCCACCGGGAAGCUCGGCAGUGGUGAAAUCCUGUACCAUGGCAUUAACAAAGCUAUCACACCCAACAUGGUUACCAUCCACUGUGAACACGCUGAUAUUCCCGUCGGCGUCCAAAUGCCCAUAGAGCAAUUCCCGGAGAGUGGAGCAAUCAUGGUUAAUCUUCCCACCACCGCGUCAAGUGAUGCCACCGCCUUUGACAUCCAGUACAGAGUGGCUGGCAGUGGCACUGACUUCAUGUCGGCUGCCCAAGUUCCAGUGUCUACCACCAGCUACACAUUGGGAGGCUUGAACGAGAAUGAAGACUAUGAGAUCAGAAUCCAGGAAAUGAAACCUGUUGGUCCCCAGGAAGUACAGCGCUAUGAUGCAACGGCAUCAGAGAGCACUAUUAGUGUUCCGGUGCUGUUGCCAAGCUCCUCACCCGGAGUGACUGACUGGAAUGUACAAGUGCGACAGCGCGAUGCAAACGGCAUGUAUGGUCCUUGGCAAACACAAGCACAGCUGCCCAGCCAGACUCCGCAGUACAGCUUGGCGGGGUUGUCACGUGGGAACACCUAUCAGUACAGGAUUACCGACAACACCGGCAGUGUCUAUCACACCGGGGAGUUCUCGGUUCCCGCCAAUCAGCAACAGCUACCAGUAUUGGAAAUUCUGGUCUUCAAAACCACGUCCACGUCGAUUGAGCUUGGCUUGCCCGGAGCAAUUCCUGGCCUACCCGACUGGGAAAUUUCCACCGAGGCACCAGGAGAGCCUGCAACAACAGCCACCGUUCCUACAUCCGAAACCAGACAUACAAUAUCUGGCCUUAGUCCAGACACCAUGUACAGCAUACGCGUGCGGCCUGCAGGUACUGGGAUAGCCGGCGUUGUGCUGCGUGUGAGGACGGGAUCUGCCACGCAAACCCCACCAAAGCCAACAGAAGAACCGCAGAAGCCAGUUGAUACCCAUUCACCUGACGGCUCCGGAGGGUCGUUUUCCCGAAGCUUCAUCGGCGCCCAGUGGAGAGUAAUGCCAUCUGGCCGCGUGGAGUUCCAGCUCAGCAGCACUCAGGAUCCGCUUGUAUACUGGCUUGGACUGGGCAUAUCUGAUGACCCACUAAUGAGCAACAGCGACAUCAUCACGGCCUACACAGACAGCUUGUCAGGGACUGUUGUGGAAGAUCGAUUUGCGUCUGCCCAGUUCCGUCCUGCCCUCGAUGCGGACAAUCAAGUGUCGGAUGUGCGUGUGUCCCAGAGUGGCGGAAUCACCACAUAUUCAUUCACAUUGCCGUGUAUGAGCUCCGACAGCCAGGAUAUUCCCCUGAACGGAUCUCACUACCUACUGUUUGCCACUGGCAGAUUGUUUGAUGGCAACCUUGCUUAUCAUGGAGGUUUGAGUAGAGCUGUCACAAGUAACAAGGUGCCAAUCAACUGUGUGUCCAGAGAGGUCCGAUGCCGGGACCUUGUGUGUGAUAUUCCGCAAUGCGAGCGUCUGGGACUGGUUGUCAACUACACCACUGAAGCCUGCUGUCCCAUCUGCUCCCCACCUCCUGAUCCAUGUGCUGGAAUAGUGUGUGAUAUUCCACAAUGUGAACGUCUUGGACUGGUUGUAAACUACACCAGUGGAGCGUGCUGUCCCAUCUGCUCCCCACCUCCCGAUCCAUGUGAUGGAAUAGUAUGUGGUAUUCCACAAUGUGAACUUCUUGGACUAGUUGUCAACUACACCAGUGGAGCAUGUUGUCCAGUUUGCUCUCCACCUCCCGAUCCAUGUGCUGGAAUAGUGUGUGAUAUUCCACAAUGUGAACGUCUUGGAAUGGUUGUCAACUACACUAGUGGAGCCUGCUGUCCAAUCUGCUCGCCACCUCCUGAUCCAUGUGCUGGAAUAGUGUGUGAUAUUCCACAAUGUGAACGUCUUGGACUGGUUGUCAACUACACUAGUGGAGCCUGCUGUCCCAUCUGCUCACCACCUCUUGAUCCCUGCGCUGGAAUAGUGUGUGAUAUUCCACAAUGCGAGCGUCUUGGACUGGUUGUCAACUACACCAGUGGGGCAUGCUGUCCAAUCUGCUCACCGCCUCCUCUAUCCGGCGGAUCCUUUAGAAGCUCUUUUGUCAAUGCUGAGUGGAACGUUCUGCCGUCCGGACGCGUGGCGUUCCGCCUAUCCACAAGCGAAGACCCGUCCACAAGAUAUGUUGCGUUGGGUAUUUCCAAUGACCGCUUUAUGGUGGGCAGCGACAUUGUUACAGCAUUCGUUGAUGGCAGCGGAGUGCCUUCUAUCCAGGAUCGGUGGGCUAGAGGUCGGACUAGACCAGGCCUGGACUCUGACAAUCAAGUGUCUGAUGCUAGUGUGUCCCAGAGCGGUGGGGUGACCACGUUCUCAUUCACCUUGCCCUGUAUGAGUUCGGACGCCAUGGAUAUUCCUCUGAGUGGCGAUCACUACUUGCUGUUUGCUCUCGGUCCAGUAGUCAAUAGCAGACUUGUGUACCAUGGCGGCGCAGCACGAGCUUCCACUAACGAGAAAAUAACCAUUGAUUGCAGCGCUGCUAUUCCGCAGCCACCCGGACCUUCAGAACAGCCAGGUGCACCAGGCGACCCGCCAACACAACCUUCAGAUCCAUGUGCUGGAAUAGUGUGUGAUAUUCCACAAUGUGAACGUCUUGGAAUGGUUGUCAACUACACUAGUGGAGCCUGCUGUCCAAUCUGCUCACCACCUCCCGAUCCAUGUGCUGGAAUAGUGUGUGAUAUUCCUCAAUGUGAACGUCUUGGACUGGUUGUCAACUACACUAGUGGAGCCUGCUGUCCCAUCUGCUCACCACCUCCUGAUCCCUGCGCUGGAAUAGUGUGUGACAUUCCACAAUGCGAGCGUCUUGGACUGGUUGUCAACUACACCAGUGGGGCAUGCUGUCCAAUCUGCUCACCGCCUCCUCUAUCCGGCAGAUCCUUUAGAAGCUCUUUUGUCAAUGCUGAGUGGAACGUUCUGCCGUCCGGACGCGUGGCGUUCCGCCUAUCCACAAGCGAAGACCCGUCCACAAGAUAUGUUGCGUUGGGUAUUUCCAAUGACCGCUUUAUGGUGGGCAGCGACAUUGUUACAGCAUUCGUUGAUGGCAGCGGAGUGCCUUCUAUCCAGGAUCGGUGGGCUAGAGGUCGGACUAGACCAGGCCUGGACUCUGACAAUCAAGUGUCUGAUGCUAGUGUGUCCCAGAGCGGUGGGGUGACCACGUUCUCAUUCACCUUGCCCUGUAUGAGUUCAGACGCCAUGGAUAUUCCUCUGAGUGGCGAUCACUACUUGCUGUUUGCUCUCGGUCCAGUAGUCAAUAGCAGACUUGUGUACCAUGGCGGCGCAGCACGAGCUUCCACUAACGAGAAAAUAACCAUUGAUUGCAGCGCUGCUAUUCCGCAGCCACCCGGACCUUCAGAACAGCCAGGUGCACCAGGCGACCCGCCAACACAACCUUCAGGCUUUGAUAUCAGUGCUGAUGGCGUGACGUCAACAUCAUUCGAUCUACUUUUGCCAGGAGAAUAUCCUGGAGCAUCUGAUUGGAUGAUCUCUGUUCAGGGUGGACAUGAGCCAUCAGCGACGACAUGCACUGUCCCACCCAGUACAAGACGAUAUACUGUAUCAGGUCUACGACCUGGAACUGAGUAUACCACCGUCGUCAGACCAACAGGCGCACCUGGAUUUGUAAUGUCCCGAAUAGUUUUAAUGACACUUCCAGACAUAGGUCCACCACAACCACCGGUUACUCAGCAACCAACAGGAGGAGCCCCUGGUGAUGGAGAUAGACCAACUCAAGGUGCACCAGGUGAUCAACAAACACCACCAGUCGUUGGUGGAGACUUUGACUUCAGUGUUGUCGACACCACAUCAACGUCAUUCAAUCUAAUGUUACCAGGAGAGUUUCCCGGUGCACCUGGCUGGGAUAUCUUUGUUCAGGGUGCACACGAGCCAUCUGCAACAAGAUAUCAAGUACCAACGAGUUCAACACGAUAUAGAGUGUCAGGUCUGCGUCCUGGCACAGAGUAUACCAUACAGGUCAGUCCUGCAGACUCACCAGGAUUUGUAAUGUCCCGAGUUGUUGUCAUGACACAGGCCGACGUAGGCCCGCCACAGCCACAAGUCACUCAACAACCAACAGGAGUGCCUGGUGAUGGAGAUCAACCAACUCAAGGUGCGCCAGGAGAUCAGCCAACAGGAGGAGCCCCUGGUGAUGGAGAUCAACCAACUCAAGGUGCGCCAGGUGACCAACCAACUGGAGGAGCCCCUGGUGAUGGAGAUCAACCAACUCUAGGUGCGCCAGGAGAUCAGCCAACUGGAGGAGCCCCUGGUGAUGGAGAUCAACCAACUCAAGGUGCGCCAGGUGACCAGCCAACUGGAGGAGCCCCUGGUGAUGGAGAUCAACCAACUCAAGGCGCACCAGGUGAUCCGCAAACACCACCAUCAGAUUUUGAUAUCAGUGUAGUCGACACCACAUCAACAUCAUUCAACGUGUUGCUUCCGGGACAAUUUCCUGGUUCAACUGGUUGGGACAUCAUUGUUCAGGGUGCACACGAGCCAUCAGCAAAUAGAUAUCGCUUGGCAGCCGGCACAGCACAGUAUAGAGUGUCUUCAUUGCGUCCCAAUACCGAGUAUAGUGUAGUUGUCAGCCCCACAGGCUUGCAAGGAUUUUUCAUGUCCCAGACUGUUGUAAUGACACUUGCAGACAUUGCUCCACCACAACCACCGGUUACUCAGCGACCUACAGCAAUGGCACCAGGAGAUCAACCAACAGGAGGAGCCCCUGGUGCUGGAGAUCAACCAACUCAAGGUGCGCCAGGAGAUCAGCCAACUGGAGGAGCCCCUGGUGAUGGAGAUCAACCAACUCAAGGUGCGCCAGGUGACCAGCCAACUGCAGGAGCCCCUGGUGAUGGAGAUCAACCAACUCAAGGCGCACCAGGUGAUCCGCAAACACCACCAUCAGAUUUUGAUAUCAGUGUAGUCGACACCACAUCAACAUCAUUCAACGUGUUGCUUCCGGGACAAUUUCCUGGUUCAACUGGUUGGGACAUCAUUGUUCAGGGCGCACACGAGCCAUCAGCAAAUAGAUAUCGCUUGGCAGGCGGCACAGCACAGUAUAGAGUGUCAUCAUUGCGUCCCAAUACCGAGUAUAGUGUAGUUGUCAGCCCCACAGGCUUGCAAGGAUUUUUCAUGUCCCAGACUGUUGUAAUGACACUUGCAGACAUUGCUCCACCACAACCACCGGUUACUCAGCGACCUACAGCAAUGGCACCAGGAGAUCAACCAACAGGAGGAGCCCCUGGUGAUGGAGAUCGACCAACUCAAGGUGCGCCAGGUGACCAGCCAACUGGAGGAGCCCCUGGUGAUGGAGAUCGACCAACCCAGGGUACACCAAGUGGUCAGCCCUCAGGCAUGUUCCCAGAGAGUGCAAGCAUUACCAUUGACUUCCCACCAGCUGCGGCAGAUUCGAAGUUCUUCACCGUUCUCAUCAGACCAGCCGGCUCAUCUUUAGAGUUUGGGCAAGUUGCUCAAGUCCCCGCGGACGCGCCUCGCUUUAUUCUUGGAGGAUUGGAAUCAGGACGUCGAUACGAGAUCUUGAUCCGGGAGGCUGGAGAUGGUGUACCUCGUGAUGUUAGCCAAUUUGAACAAACUGCUUCAGGAACCACAGUUAUAGUCCCGAUUAACCUGCCCGGAGUUGUACCUGGAGUUACUUCCUGGCAAGUGCAAGUGAGCCAGCAAGGUCCAGGCGGACUGUACGGUCCCUGGCAGACAUAUGUACAGCUUCCUAGUUACCUGCCCCAGUACGGCCUGACUGGACUCUCCCGUGGAAACACAUACCAGUACCGCAUCUUGGACAACAGUGGAAAUGUUCGAGUAACAAGGAUCGUGUCAAUUCCUGAAGUUCCGCAGCCGCCAGUGUUCACAGAUGUCUUCCCGGAAAGUUCAAGCGUCACUAUAGACUUCCCACCAGCUCUAGGUGAUUCAACAUUCUUCACAGUUUCCGUUCGACCGGCAGGAUCAUCUGAGGAGUUUGGACAAAUAGCUCAAAUCCCAACCAGCGUGCCCCGCUUUGUUCUGGGAGGGUUGCGAUCGGGACAGCGUUAUGAAAUCUUGAUCCAGGAGACAGGAGAUGGCGCACCUCGUGAUGUCCGCCAAUAUGAAGCAACUGCUUCGGGAACCAUAGUUGUAGUCCCGAUUAACCUGCCCGGAGUUGUACCUGGCGUUACUUCCUGGCAAGUGCAAGUGCGCCAGCAACGUCCAGACGGACUGUACGGUCCCUGGCAGACACAGGUACAGCUUCCCAGUUUCCUGCCCCAGUACGGCCUGACUGGAUUCUCCCGUGGAAACACAUACCAGUACCGCAUCUUGGACAACAGUGGAAAUGUUCAAGUAACAAGGACCGUGUCCAUUCCUGACGUUCCACAACCACCCGUGUUCACAGGACGUCCUGUUGAGACACCUGCACCUGGCGUGCCCACCGCAGGACCGCCGGUUUCAGCUGACUCAGUUGAUGUUUAUGCUUAUCAGGUAGGGCUUCCCAUGCCCCCGGCAGGUGCCUCGCAGUUCACACUCUUCCUGCGCGAAUCCGGCAGCUCUGCACCAUACCGACGCGUCGCUCAAGUCCCGUCCACGACACGGCAACACACGCUGACAGGCAUCCGUCCAGGACGAAGAUAUGACCUUCGUAUUGAAGCUAGUGGGGACUCCAUUCAACCAACUCAACUCCCUCUAUCCAGCUUUUCAGUUCCAGCAAAUUUACAGCUGGCCACUGGAUACCAGCUCACUGCCCCAGCAUCACCUGAUCCCGCGUCACAGUACUGGAUUGUGUCCGUGCGCCAGUUCGGACAGCAGUGGCGAGUGCUGGACCGUGUGCCGAUCAGUCAAGGCAGUUACACUGUAGUCGGCCUGCCCGUGGGCCUGUACGAACUGCGGCUCGCCGAUGACAGGAACCGUGCAGCGCGCAAUUGGAUUCUACCAGUCCUAGAGUCUCCCGGUGGCCAACCAACUGGAGGAGCCCCUGGUGACGGAGAUCAACCAACUCAAGGUGCACCAGGAGAUCAGCCAACUGGAGGAGCCCCUGGUGAUGGAGAUCAACCAACUCAAGGUGCGCCAGGUGACCAGCCAACUGGAGGAGCUCCUGGUGAUGGAGAUCAACCAACUCAAGGUGCGCCAGGUGAUCAGCCAACUGGAGGAGCCCCUGGUGAUGGAGAUCAACCAACUCAAGGUGCGCCAGGAGAUCAGCCAACUGGAGGAGCCCCUGGUGAUGGAGAUCAACCAACUCAAGGUGCGCCAGGAGAUCAGCCAACUGGAGGAGCCCCUGGUGAUGGAGAUCAACCAACUCAAGGUGCGCCAGGUGACCAGCCAACUGGAGGAGCCCCUGGUGAUGGAGAUCAACCAACUCAAGGUGCGCCAGGAGAUCAGCCAACUGGAGGAGCUCCUGGUGAUGGAGAUCAACCAACCCAAGGUGCGCCAGGUGAUCAGCCAACUGGAGGAGCCCCUGGUGAUGGAGAUCAACCAACUCAAGGUGCGCCAGGAGAUCAGCCAACUGGAGGAGCCCCUGGUGAUGGAGAUCAACCAACUCAAGGUGCGCCAGGUGAUCAGCCAACUGGAGGAGCCCCUGGUGAUGGAGAUCAACCAACUCAAGGUGCGCCAGGAGAUCAGCCAACUGGAGGAGCUCCUGGUGAUGGAGAUCAACCAACUCAAGGUGCGCCAGGAGAUCAGCCAACUGGAGGAGCCCCUGGUGAUGGAGAUCAACCAACUCAAGGUGCGCCAGGAGAUCAGCCAACUGGAGGAGCCCCUGGUGAUGGAGAUCAACCAACUCAAGGUGCGCCAGGUGACCAGCCAACUGGAGGAGCCCCUGGUGAUGGAGAUCAACCAACUCAAGGUGCACCGGGUGAUCAGCCAACUGCAACUUACCCGACCCUAUCACUCCGUGAUGGUCAGAGUCUACUACUUCCAGCUGCUGUUCCUGGUCAGGGAGGUUGGCAGAUUCACAGUGAUCGUGAUGGUGUCAUCGAUACACUGGAUGCAUCUAUUACCAGAUACACUUUCGACUUCAGGAAACUAUCACCUGGCAGACAUGUCAUCUCUGUGAGAACUGAUGAGGGCAUUGUGACUACUCGCUUCCAAGCAACAGUUCAAGACACGGCACCAGUCGCAACGACAGCAGCAACUCCAGCCGAAACACCUGCAGCUGUUCAAAUCGGAGUAACUGAUGUAACGAGUUCCUCUGCCAAGGUGCUAGUUCCAAAUGUAUCUGGAGUUGGUCUGUGGAACAUCAGAAUAACAAAGCAAUCAGACCAGGGCAAUGUCGCUUAUGACGAGAUGGCUGCUGUGGAUGCUGGAAGUGUGUUGGUGACUGGACUGGAAUCAGACACAGGCUAUACUCUAAGCUAUGCUGCUGACAGUGGUCAGGUUGGUCUGCCUAGCUUCAACUUCACCACUCAAGCGCAAGUUGCAAUUGACCCGAUGCCACUACGCACUGGUCAGCGAAUUUCACUGCAAGCUGCACCCGCUGGUCAAGGAGGUUGGCAGAUUUACAGUGAUCGUGAUGGCACUAUCGAUACACUGGAUGCAUCUGCAAGUAGCUACACGUUUGACUUCAGCAAACUAUCACCUGGCAGUCAUGUGAUCUCAGUGAGAACUGGAAAUGGUCUUGUGCUCGCACGCUUCCAAGCAAACGUCCAAGACACGGCACCAGUCGCAACGACAGCAGCAACUCCAGCCGAAACACCUGCAGCUGUUCAAAUCGGAGUAACUGAUGUAACGAGUUCCUCUGCCAGGGUACUAGUUCCAAAUGUAUCUGGAGUUGGUCUGUGGAACAUCAGAAUAACAAAGCAAUCAGACCAGGGCAAUGUCGCGUAUGACGAGAUGGUUGCUGUGGAUGCUGGAAGUGUGGUGGUGACUGGACUGGAAUCAGAAACAGGCUAUACUCUAAGCUAUGCCGCUGACAGUGGUCAGGUUGGUCUGCCUAGCUUCAACUUCACCACUCAAGCGCAAGUUGCAAUUAACCCGACGCCACUACGCUCUGGUCAACGUCUUUCACUGCAAGCUGCACCCGCUGGUCAAGGAGGUUGGCAGAUUUACAGUGAUCGUGAUGGCACUAUCGAUACACUGGAUGCAUCUGCAAGGAGCUACACGUUUGACUUCAGCAAACUAUCACCUGGCCGUCAUGUCAUCUCAUUGAGAACUGGAAAUGGUCGUGUGCUCGCACGCUUCCAAGCAAACGUCCAAGAUACGGCACCUGUCGCAACGACAGCAGCAACUCCAGCCGAAACACCUGCAGCUGUUCAAAUCGGAGUAACUGAUGUAACGAGUUCCUCUGCCAGGGUACUAGUUCCAAAUGUAUCUGGAGUUGGUCUGUGGAACAUCAGAAUAACAAAGCAAUCAGACCAGGGCAAUGUCGCUUAUGACGAGAUGGCUGCUGUGGAUGCUGGAAGUGUGUUGGUGACUGGACUGGAAUCAGACACAGGCUAUACUCUAAGCUAUGCUGCUGACAGUGGUCAGGUUGGUCUGCCUAGCUUCAACUUCACCACUCAAGCGCAAGUUGCAAUUAACCCGACGCCACUACGCUCUGGUCAACGGCUUUCACUGCAAGCUGCACCCGCUGGUCAAGGAGGUUGGCAGAUUUACAGUGAUCGUGAUGGCACUAUCGAAACACUGGAUGCAUCUGCAAGGAGCUACACGUUUGACUUCAGCAAACUAUCACCUGGCAGUCAUGUGAUCUCAGUGAGAACUGGAAAUGGUCUUGUGCUCGCACGCUUCCAAGCAAAUGUUCAAGACACAGCACCAGUCGCCACGACAGCAGCAACUCCAGCCGAAACACCUGCAGCUGUUCAAAUCGGAGUAACUGAUGUAACGAGUUCCUCUGCCAGGGUACUAGUUCCAAAUGUAUCUGGAGUUGGUCUGUGGAACAUCAGAAUAACAAAGCAAUCAGACCAGGGCAAUGUCGCUUAUGACGAGAUGGCUGCUGUGGAUGCUGGAAGUGUGUUGGUGACUGGACUGGAAUCAGACACAGGCUAUACUCUAAGCUAUGCUGCUGACAGUGGUCAGGUUGGUCUGCCUAGCUUCAACUUCACCACUCAAGCGCAAGUUGCAAUUAACCCGACGCCACUACGCUCUGGUCAACGUCUUUCACUGCAAGCGGCACCUGCUGGUCAAGGAGGUUGGCAGAUUUACAGUGAUCGUGAUGGCACUAUCGAAACACUGGAUGCAUCUGCAAGGAGCUACACGUUUGACUUCAGCAAACUAUCACCUGGCAGUCAUGUGAUCUCAGUGAGAACUGGAAAUGGUCUUGUGCUCGCACGCUUCCAAGCAAAUGUUCAAGACACGGCACCAGUCGCAACGACAGCAGCAACUCCAGCCGAAACACCUGCAGCUGUUCAAAUCGGAGUAACUGAUGUAACGAGUUCCUCUGCCAGGGUACUAGUUCCAAAUGUAUCUGGAGUUGGUCUGUGGAACAUCAGAAUAACAAAGCAAUCAGACCAGGGCAAUGUCGCUUAUGACGAGAUGGCUGCUGUGGAUGCUGGAAGUGUGUUGGUGACUGGACUGGAAUCAGACACAGGCUAUACUCUAAGCUACGCUGCUGACAGUGGUCAGGUUGGUCUUCCUAGCUUCAACUUCACCACUCAAGCGCAAGUUGCAAUUAACCCGACGCCACUACGCACUGGUCAACGUCUUUCACUGCAAGCGGCACCUGCUGGUCAAGGAGGUUGGCAGAUUUACAGUGAUCGUGAUGGCACUAUCGAAACACUGGAUGCAUCUGCAAGGAGCUACACGUUUGACUUCAGCAAACUAUCACCUGGCAGUCAUGUGAUCUCAGUGAGAACUGGAAAUGGUCUUGUGCUCGCACGCUUCCAAGCAAACGUCCAAGACACAGCACCAGUCGCCACGACAGCAGCAACUCCAGCCGAAACACCUGCAGCUGUUCAAAUCGGAGUAACUGAUGUAACGAGUUCCUCUGCCAGGGUACUAGUUCCAAAUGUAUCUGGAGUUGGUCUGUGGAACAUCAGAAUAACAAAGCAAUCAGACCAGGGCAAUGUCGCUUAUGACGAGAUGGUUGCUGUGGAUGCUGGAAGUGUGUUGGUGACUGGACUGGAAUCAGAAACAGGCUAUACUCUAAGCUAUGCUGCUGACAGUGGUCAGGUGGGUCUGCCUAGCUUCAACUUCACCACUCAAGCGCAAGUUGCAAUUAACCCGACGCCACUACGCACUGGUCAACGUCUUUCACUGCCAGCUGCACCUGCUGGUCAAGGUUGGCAAAUUUACAGUGAUCGUGAUGGCACUAUCGAUACACUGGAUGCAUCUGCAAGGAGCUACACGUUUGACUUCAGCAAACUAUCACCUGGCAGUCAUGUUAUCUCAGUGAAAACUGGAGAUGGCCUUGUGCUUGGACGCUUCCAAGCAAAUGUCCAAGCUGCAACACCGGCACCACCAGCAACACAAGCCCUUCCAACAACACAAGCCCCUCAGGUGGAGCUACCCGACGUGAACCCAAAUCCCCUGGGAGAUGGUGAUGUGAUUCCCAUACCUUCACAAAUACCUUUUCAAGGCAGAUGGCAGAUCCAUAGUAGUCUCGAUGGUGUGAUCGCUACACUAGGCGCCAACACAAGAGUGUUUAGACUGGACACCAGCCAACUCUCUAAGGGCAAUCACAUCAUGUCCUUGCGCACUGAAGGUGGUCUUGUCCUUAGUCGGUUCUUGGUAAAUGCAGGAGACGAAUCAACAGCAGUGCCGCCACAACCCCCAACACAGGUGAUUCCACCCAGGCCUACAUUUGUCCAAGUUGAAGUAACAGACACAACCAGUUCCUCUGUGAGGCUACUACUGCCAGCACUUGGUGGAGUCAAUACCUGGGUCCUCAAUGUGUCAUCUAGUGGUCAGUUUAUUGAACAGAAAAGAGUUCCAGUAGAUGCUGGAAGUGUUUCCAUCACUGGAUUACAGCCUGGCACUGGGUAUGAUGUGGACAUUUCAUCUGCUAGUGGACUCGUCACCAUCCCACGAUUCGCUUUUGGUACUCGACAAGAAGUGGCAAUUAACCCGACGCCACUGCGCACUGGUCAACGCAUUUCACUGCCAGCUGCACCUGCUGGUCAAGGAGGUUGGCAGAUUCACAGUAACCGUGAUGGCACUAUCGAAACACUGGAUGCAUCUGCAAGGAGCUACACGUUUGACUUCGGCAAACUAUCACCUGGCAGUCAUGUGAUCUCAGUGAGAACUGGAAAUGACCUUGUUCUUGCACGCUUCCAAGCAAACGUCCAAGACGUAUCAACAGCAGUGCCGCCACAACCCCCAACACAGGUGAUUCCACCCAGGCCUACAUUUGUCCAAGUUGAAGUAACAGACACAACCAGUUCCUCUGUGAGGCUACUACUGCCAGCACUGGAUGGAGUCAAUACCUGGAUCAUCAAUGUGUCAUCAGCUGGUCAGUUUAUUGAACAGAAAAGAGUUCCAGUAGAUUCUGGAAGUGUUUCCAUCACUGGAUUACAGCCUGGCACUGGGUAUGAUGUGGACAUUUCAUCUGCUAGUGGACUCGUCACCAUCCCACGAUUCGCUUUUGGUACUCGACAAGAAGUGGCAAUUAACCCGACGCCACUGCGCACUGGUCAACGCCUUUCACUGCCAGCUGCACCUGCUGGUCAAGGAGGUUGGCAGAUACACAGUGAUCGUGAUGGCACUAUCGAAACACUGGAUGCAUCUGCAAGGAGCUACACGUUUGACUUCAGCAAACUAUCACCUGGCAGUCAUGUGAUCUCAGUGAGAACUGGAAAUGGCCUUGUGCUUGCACGCUUCCAAGCAAACGUCCAAGACGAAUCAACAGCAGUGCCGCCACAACCCCCAACACAGGUGAUUCCACCCAGGCCUACAUUUGUCCAAGUUGAAGUAACAGACACAACCAGUUCCUCUGUGAGGCUACUACUGCCAGCACUUGGUGGAGUCAAUACCUGGGUCCUCAAUGUGUCAUCUAGUGGUCAGUUUAUUGAACAGAAAAGAGUUCCAGUAGAUGCUGGAAGUGUUUCCAUCACUGGAUUACAGCCUGGCACUGGGUAUGAUGUGGACAUUUCAUCUGCUAGUGGACUCGUCACCAUCCCACGAUUCGCUUUUGGUACUCGACAAGAAGUGGCAAUUAACCCGACGCCACUGCGCACUGGUCAAAGUCUUUCACUGCCAGCUGCACCUGCUGGUCAAGGAGGUUGGCAGAUUCACAGUAACCGUGAUGGCACUAUCGAAACAUUGGAUGCAUCUGCAAGGAGCUACACGUUUGACUUCGGAAAACUAUCACCUGGCAGUCAUGUGAUCUCAGUGAGAACUGGAAAUGGCCUUGUGCUUGCACGCUUCCAAGCAAACGUCCAAGACGAAUCAACAGCAGUGCCGCCACAACCCCCAACACAGGUGAUUCCACCCAGGCCUACAUUUGUCCAAGUUGAAGUAACAGACACAACCAGUUCCUCUGUGAGGCUACUACUGCCAGCACUGGAUGGAGUCAAUACCUGGAUCAUCAAUGUGUCAUCAGCUGGUCAGUUUAUUGAACAGAAAAGAGUUCCAGUAGAUGCUGGAAGUGUUUCCAUCACUGGAUUACAGCCUGGCACUGGGUAUGAUGUGGACAUUUCAUCUGCUAGUGGACUCGUCACCAUCCCACGAUUCGCUUUUGGUACUCGACAAGAAGUGGCAAUUAACCCGACGCCACUGCGCACUGGUCAAAGUCUUUCACUGCCAGCUUCACCUGCUGGUCAAGGAGGUUGGCAGAUUCACAGUAACCGUGAUGGCACUAUCGAAACACUGGAUGCAUCUGCAAGGAGCUACACGUUUGACUUCGGCAAACUAUCACCUGGCAGUCAUGUGAUCUCAGUGAGAACUGGAAAUGGCCUUGUGCUCGCACGCUUCCAAGCAAACGUCCAAGCUGCAACACCGGCACCACCAGCAACACAAGCCCCUCCAGCAACACAAGCCCUUCCAGCAACACAAGCCCUUCCAGCAACACAAGCCCCUCCAGCAACACAAGCCCCUCCAGCAACACAAGCCCCUCAGGCUCCAGCGGAGCUACCCGACGUGAACCCAAAUCUACUGGGACAUGGUGAUGUGAUUCAAAUACCUCCGCAACUACCUGAUCAAGGCCCGUGGCAGAUCCAGAGUAGUCUCGAUGGUGUGAUCGCUACACUAGACGCCGACACAAGAGUGUUUACAGUUGAUACCAGCCAACUUCGCAAUGCUAUUCACAUCGUUUCCGUGCGCACUGAAGGUGGUUUUGUGCUUGGUCGAUUCUUGGUAAAUGCAGCAGGAGCACCUCCAGCAACGCAAGCACCUCCAGCAACGCAACCACCUCCAGCAGGCUCUAGCGGAUCAUUUUCCGCUGGCUUUGUCAAUGUCCGGUGGAAUGUGAUGCCCUCUGGUCGUGUCAGGUUUGAUCUUUCCAGUAACCAGGACCCAGCCCAGAAAUGGAUCGGUUUGGGCAUCUCCAACGACCGCUUUAUGCCUAAUAGUGACAUGAUGAUCGCAUUCACUGAUGGAAGUGGCCAGUUCACUGUCCAGGAUAGAUGGGCACAGGGAAGGAGUACACCUACUGUGGACUCUGACAGCCAAGUUGCAGACGUGUCCGCAUCUCAGAUCAACGGUGUGUACACCAGCACCUUUAGCUUACCCUGCAUGAGCUCGGACAGCAGGGACAUUGCACUGAAUGGACAGCACUACCUGAUGCUUGCCACUGGUGAUGUUAUCAAUGGUGGAAUUGGAUACCACUCCGGCAACAAACUAGUAACACCACAGCGAGUGUCCAUAUUAUGCGAUGAACCAGCGGAGGUCCCACCACCACAAGGCACAUUUCAAGUAGCUGACAUCACAAGUUCCUCUGCAAAUGUCCGACUCGCAACAGUGCAAGGAGUAAACACCUGGGUGAUCAGAGUAUCAUCCAAUGGUCAGCUUUUCGAAGAGAAAAGAGUUGCAGUAGGCGCUGGAAGUGUUGCCUUUACUGGUUUACAGUCUGGGACUCGAUACACUGUGGACAUAUCAGCAGCUAAUGGCCGUGUCACUGUCCCAGCCUUACCUUUUGUGACUGGGCAAGAAGUUGCAAUUAACCCUACGCCACUCCGCAGUGGUCAAGUUCUUCAACUACCAGCUGCAGCUGCUGGUCAGGGAGGCUGGCAGAUUCACAGCGAUCGUGAUGGUGUCAUCGAUACACUAGAUUCAUCCACCAGUAGUUAUACUUUUGACUUCAGCAAACUUUCACCUGGAACACAUGUGCUUUCAGUGAGAACGGGCAAUGGCCGUGCGAUCGCUCGCUACCAGGCAAUAGUAACAGAAGCCGUACCACAACCGCCGCCAACACAACCACCGCCACAACAGGCGACAUUUCAAGUAGCUGACAUCACAAGUUCCUCUGCAAAUGUCCGACUCGCAACAGUGCAAGGAGUAAACACCUGGGUGAUCAGAGUAUCAUCCAAUGGUCAGCUUUUCGAAGAGAAAAGAGUUGCAGUAGGCGCUGGAAGUGUUGCCUUUACUGGUUUACAGUCUGGGACUCGAUACACUGUGGACAUAUCAGCAGCUAAUGGCCGUGUCACUGUCCCAACCUUUCCUUUUGUGACUGGGCAAGAAGUUGCAAUUAACCCUACGCCACUCCGCAGUGGUCAAGUUCUUCAACUACCAGCUGCAGCUGCUGGUCAAGGAGGAUGGCAGAUUCACAGCGAUCGUGAUGGUGUCAUCGAUACACUAGAUUCAUCCACAAGGAGUUAUGCUUUCGAUUUCAGCAAACUUUCACCUGGAACACAUGUGCUUUCAGUGAGAACGGGCAAUGGCCGUGCGAUCGCUCGCUACCAGGCAAUAGUAACAGAAGCCGCACCACAACCGCCGCCACAACAAGCGACAUUUCAAGUAGCUGACAUCACAAGUUCCUCUGCAAAUGUCCGACUCGCAACAGUGCAAGGAGUAAACACCUGGGUGAUCAGAGUAUCAUCCAAUGGUCAGCUUUUCGAAGAGAAAAGAGUUGCAGUAGGCGCUGGAAGUGUUGCCUUUACUGGUUUACAGUCUGGGACUCGAUACACUGUGGACAUAUCAGCAGCUAAUGGCCGUGUCACUGUCCCAACCUUUCCUUUUGUGACUGGGCAAGAAGUUGCAAUUAACCCUACGCCACUCCGCAGUGGUCAAGUUCUUCAACUACCAGCUGCAGCUGCUGGUCAGGGAGGCUGGCAGAUUCACAGCGAUCGUGAUGGUGUCAUCGAUACACUAGAUUCAUCCACCAGGAGUUAUGCUUUCGAUUUCAGCAAACUUUCACCUGGAACACAUGUGCUUUCAGUGAGAACGGGCAAUGGGCGUGCGAUCGCUCGCUACCAGGCAAUAGUAACAGACGCCACACCACAACCGCCGCCAACACAACCACCGCCACGUCAAGGGACAUUGAGUAUUAGCGCCGUAAGAAGCAGAUCAUUUGAUGUCAAUUUCCCAGCGAUCCCCGGCAUUAGCGAAUGGACAGUAAUAGUAUCAUCGGGCGGACAGGAAGUGGCCAGGGAACCUGUGCCUGGAACAAGUUUCAGCCACACCAUAGACGGCCUUCAGGCGGACACUAGUUAUGAUGUCAGCAUAACAGGAGUCAGCGGUUUUUUCCAGCUGCCAAUGAUAGGGCCUCUUCCAGUCAAAACCCUGGCGGCAUAAGCAAUAAGAUAGCUACUGCUAAGUACUAUUUCCAUUCAGACACUCUGUAAUAAUAAGCAAGAAGACUAUUAUUCCUGACCAUUCCACACUAUUCUAGCAACUGCACACUACCUGAAAUUCCAAUGUCAACAAUUCAUUCACUAGAAAUUUCAGUUCUUCAUACAUCAACAAUUCAUUCACUAGAAAUUUCAGGUCUUCGUACAUGUAAAGCCAUCUCAACGCUAAAACCCACUGUUCCACCACACUCAUUAUUAUGUAGCUAGUAGUCCCUUCCACGCCAUACGUGAGAAGAGCUGGAUAAGAUUUCAGGUGACCGACAUUUACUAUGUACAUUAAUGAAGGUACUCAAAUAAAAUCGUGUUUUACAAAAAUA